AGAAGAAGUGAUAUAUAUAUACAGGACUACGCACCUUUUCCAAAACACUAAAGCCGCCGUCCCCUCCAUAUAAACGUCCCCCUCCGCCUCAUCGACGCCUCCAAAUCAAAAGGUUGCCACCGUACUCGCCUCCUCAUUUCUCCGGCAACGGCGUUCAUCACGGUCAUCUCUAUUCCCUCCCUCAGAUAUUUUUUAAAGUUAUUCGGACGGUUUUGCGGUUUUGGUUCGGUGUCAAGUCAAGUUAAAAUGACCAUUUAGCCCUUGGAGACACUACCGCUGUCAUUGGGGGAUCUACCACCUUCACUCCACAAAUCAAAAAUGGCAGAGUACCUCCCACCCGAACUCAUUAUCAAGAUUCUUUCAAUGCUACCCUCAAAAUCCCUUCUCCGUUUUCGAUCAGUCUGCAAAUCAUGGCAUUCUCUCAUUUCUUCCCCCGAAUUCAGCCCAACUCAUCUUCACAAUUUCAAUAAAUUCAACCCUCGCAAUCUUGUUCGAUGCUGUCUAUGGACAGAGAAAAAGGAAGUAUACACUGUCCAUCACGAUGACCAACAUCUUACUCUUGAUGCCCCUAUUGAUUUCCCCUUCAAUCUUCUUCGUGAUGAAUAUGGAACCAUCUUUUUUACACUCAUCGCGUGUUGCAAAGGCGUUGUUUGCCUCUAUAAUGAAAGAUCCCCAAAAAAUGAAAUCCUACUUUGGAAUCCUUCCAUUAGAAGGAAAGUAAGCUUAACUCCUCCUUCAUAUAGGCCCGAACUUACUCUCGUUUUCGGGUUUGGGUAUUGUGCGAAUUCUAAUGAUUAUAAGGUUGUGAGGCUCGCAUAUGAUCGUAGCAACUUGAUCGAUAGACCUGAGGUCGAGAUUUACACGGUGAAAACCGCGAUAUGGAAACCGAUCGAGUUCCCUCAAGACUCUCCUUGCUACCAUAUCCUUAGCGAUUGCUCACAAGUCUUUUUCAAUGGAUCUAUUCAUUGGUUAGCAACCGAUUUGGGAGUUUCACAUUGCUCAAUCCUAACAAUGGACAUGAGUACAAAUCUUUUUGGGGAAAUCCAAUUGCCUGAGUAUCUAGUGAACUAUUCUUCAAUGGGAGUGACUUUAACGGCUGUUGGAGAUUCUUUAGGUGUGAUUUAUUCAAACCGUUGUACAGUUGUGGGUUCAAGCACUUAUAAGAUAUGGGUUAUGAAGGAGUACAAGAAACCGACUUCAUGGACAUUGAUAUAUGAUGUGCAUUAUCCGGAUACGGAUUUAGGGAGACCUUUGAAACUUAGAGAUAAUGGGGAUUUGGUAACUGAAUCACGUCGAUGCAAUUUAUCAAUUUAUAAUCGUGAGUCGGGGUGUUAUACGGUGGAUGGGUGUUGUAGAAAAGGUGUUAAAUUGUGGUCGAUUUCUAUAGACAAAUACGAAGAGAGCCUGGCAUUGUUGGACGUAGAAAGUGAUGGUAAUAAUGAAGAGUGAUUGGCAAGGUAUGAAGGUAUUGUAUAUUUUGUGUGUGUUUGUGUAUAUGAUUAUUGUAUUGUAAUGAUUGUGGUAGUAAACAUGGUUUGUCUGUAUAAGAAAUUUAAGUCAUUUGGCUAGUGUUUGAAUGUGGCUUGGCUUUGUACACUUCCAUUUCCUUAUUCAUCUUUUUCAUUCCCACA